AGCAGCCACAGAUCGAGAUUUUUAUUUUCUUUUUUUCCUCUCUCUCCAUUGUCCUUAAAAUAACGGUCCAGAUCAGCUCGAUUGCGGUACACAAUCGAAAGAAUGAACGGCUAGGAUGAGCUUUCCCCUUCGAAUACAUGAUGAGACUCUGCGUACGCUAGUAGCUUCGUCUCCGCUUCUCCCUUCGAUCGAAUCGAAGCGAUGAACAACGACGACGCUCUAAUCGAAGGGGAGGAGCACCGCAACGCUAAUGGCGAUGAGGGGCGCGGCGUGGUGGCGGUGGUGGUGAUCCUUGUGGGCGCCCCGGGGAGCGGCAAAACCACGUUUUGUAACGCGGUUAUGAGCGCCGCGCGUCGCGCUUGGGUCCGCGUUUGCCAGGACACAAUUGUGAACGGCAAGGCCGGAACGAAAGUACAAUGCUUAAAGGCCGCAGCUGACGCGCUAAGGGAGGGUAAAAGCGUUCUCCUUGACCGAUGCAACUUAGAGCAGGAGCAGCGUGCCGAUUUCGUGAAGCUCGGUGGAUCACGAGCCGAUGUCCAUGCGGUAGUUCUUGAUCUUCCCGCUAAAGUUUGUAUAUCCCGGUCGGUGAAUCGAACUGGUCACGAAGGGAAUCUCCAAGGUGGAAAAGCUGCUGCCGUCGUCAACCGCAUGCUGCAGAAAAAGGAGCCCCCGAAACUGAGCGAGGGUUUCUCUCGGAUCACAUUUUGUCAGAAUGAUAAAGACGUUAAUGAUGCUGUCGGUAUGUACUGUGGACUGGGGCCUUCUGACAAACUUCCGUCUGGAGUUUUUGGUCAGAAGAGUAAGGAAGCCAAAGUCCAGCUCGGAAUAAUGAAAUUUCUAAAGAAGGUUGAUAAAGAUCAGUCGCAGAGUUCCUUUUCACGAGAAACACGCAAAAGUGAUUCCUGCGCCAUGGAAAUUGAAAAUAAAAAUGAAGAUAAAAAGGAAAAAGUCGAUCAAAGUACGUCGCAUAGUACUUCUCUUAGCGAUGUUCCUACAUUGGCAUUUCCGUCUAUUUCAACAUCGGAUUUUCAGUUUGACCAUGGAAAGGCAUCGGAUAUCAUAGUAGAGACAAUCGCCGAGUUCUUACAGAAGGCUAAGAAUGUCAGGCUCGUUCUUGUAGACUUGAGUCACAAAUCAAAUAUUUUGGCUUUGGUUUGGGAUAAGGCUGCUAAGAAGAGCAUUGAUUCCAGCAAGUUCUUUACAUUUGUUGGAGAUAUAACCCAGCUGUAUUCUAAGGGUGGACUACGCUGUAAUGUUAUUGCCAACGCUGCUAACUGGCGGUUAAAACCUGGAGGUGGAGGGGUUAAUGCAGCAAUAUUCAGUGCAGCAGGAGAAGCGCUCGAAGUAGCAACUAAAGAACGAGCUGAAUCUUUAAGCCCCGGAAGCUCUAUUGCCGUUCCUCUCCCUCCAAGUUCUCCCCUUUAUCAAAGGGAAGGCGUAACUCAUGUAAUACAUGUUCUUGGACCGAACAUGAACCCACAAAGACCAAACUGUCUCAAAAAUGACUACGUAAAGGGCAGCAAGAUUCUCCGUGAUGCAUACAUGUCCCUCUUUGAAAACUUUGCAUCUAUUGCACAUAGCCAUGCUAAGAGGGAAAAUGUGAAGGAUUUGAAAGCCAAGCGGGAGAGUUUUAAUGAUUCCGAGACAAGCAAAAAGUACAAAGGAUUUUUUACUUCCGAUGAUGAACAUAAUAACGAGCAUGAACAAUUACUAGCUGAAAUUAGAUCCGACACAUCGAAGUUCAUUAAAAGCUCUGAGAAGGAGAAGAACAGUGCCGAGAGUAGGAAAAGGACAUGGAGUUCUUGGGCCCUAGCUCUUCAUGAGAUUGCAAUUCACCCUGAGAAACACAAGGGUGUAGUUUUGGAGAUGUCAAAUGAAUUUGUCAUUCUGAAUGAUCUUUAUCCCAAGGCUAAAAAGCACGUUCUUGUGUUAUCGAGGUUGGAUGGUCUUGAUUCGCUUGAAGAUGCAAAGAAAGAACACCUUCCCUUGUUGAGGAGCAUGCAUUCUGCUGGAGUGAAGUGGGUUCAGAAAUUCUUAAGCGAGGACUCUUCUCUAUCGUUUAGACUUGGGUAUCACUCGGUUCCAUCCAUGCGGCAACUGCAUCUUCAUGUUAUAAGCCAGGAUUUUGAUUCGACUCACUUAAAGAACAAAAAACACUGGAAUUCGUUCACUACCAUGUUCUUUCGUGACUCGGUUGAUGUAAUCCAGGAGAUUGAGCAGUACGGGGCAGCGAAGGUAAGCGGUGAUGAGAAGUUGUUGGCAAUGGAGCUGCGAUGCCACCGAUGUAGGAGCGCGCAUCCUAAUAUACCAAAGCUUAAAUCCCACAUUGCUAACUGCAAAGCUUCCUUUCCCUCUAAUCUUCUUCAAAACUGCCGUCUUCUCUCUGCUUCUUCAGUAACAACUGCCGAAUCUAAAUGACAGAAAAACCAUCUUUUGGAAGACGAUUUCGUAUUCCAUGCUUGUCGCAGCAGAAAUUCCAUAUGUAAAGACUUGUUUUCUUUUUCCUCUGUUUGUGGAUGUUGUAAGCUAAAUUUCUUGCAAUCAUCUAUGUUUUGGUUAAUUCUUGCUGCUGGGUUA